AUGCCAGCUGCAUCUUCAUCGCCUCAUCUAUGGCUACGCGCAGAGACCAAGAAGAAUGAGCAUCGUACUGCUCUCACCCCCAAAGUGGUAAAAAGUUUGCUCGAUGCUGGGUUUACUGUCACCAUAGAAAAGUCUCAGGAAUCCAUAUUCGACAAGUCCGAAUACUCACUGGUGCCUGGUGUCCAAUUGGUCGAUGCUGGAUCCUGGAGGACUGCUCCAAAAGAUGCAUACAUUAUCGGUUUGAAGGAAUUGCCCGAGAAUGAUGACACUCCUCUUCCACACCAACACAUCAUGUUUGCUCACUGCUAUAAGCACCAAGGUGGUUGGAAGGACGUGUUGAGUCGAUUUGAUCGAGGCCAAGGAACGCUACUCGACUUGGAAUUCUUACAAGAUGAUAGAGGUCGACGUGUCGCUGCCUUUGGCUACCACGCCGGAUUUGCUGGAAGUGCCAUGGGAAUCGACUUAUGGGCCCACCAGCAACUAUCUCCAAACACAGACUAUCCACCUACCAAGCCAUACCCAAACGACAAGGAACUCAUCCAAUACAUCAAAACACGAUUAGACGCUGCAACCGCACUCAACAACAACAAGCAACCAACCGUAAUGGUCAUGGGCGCUCUAGGACGAUGUGGUGGUGGUGCUGUCGACUUCGCACGUGCUGUAGGUAUACAUGAUGAAAACAUCAUCAAGUGGGAUAUGGCUGAGACUGCUAAAGGCGGUCCAUUCCCGGAAAUACUCGAAUCCAAUAUAUUCGUCAAUUGUAUCUAUCUCAGUGCAAAGAUCCCUGCUUUCUUGACUGAAGACAUGCUGGACGAUGCAAAGAGGGUAUUGAGUGUCGUGGUGGAUGUUAGUUGUGAUAUCACAAACCCAAAUAAUCCUCUUCCGAUCUAUAAUGACGCCACUACUUUUGAUCAUCCCGUGCUACACAUCAAGACUGGAACUCCCGUGUUAGAUGUGAUUGCUAUCGAUCAUUUGCCAACACUGCUUCCUCGUGAAGCCAGUGAAGCCUUCUCUCACGACUUGUUGCCUAGUCUAUUGGCACUCAAGGAACGACAUAGUGCUCGUGUGUGGACGGAUGCUGAAGAUCUCUUCAAUAAGAAGGUGGCUGAAAUGAAGUCAUCAUAG